AUGGCCUCUCUCCCAGACAUUUCUAAUGACACCACACCAUCGCCCGCGCUCAGAGUCCCUCCUCCGCACACGGAAUUUACGAUCGGCUGGAUAUGUGUUCUCAAAGAUGAGUUCCGCGCGGCCGUGAGCAUUCUGGACGAAAAAUACGAUACCGCCGGCCUGGUUCGCGCCCAAGGAGAUAGAAAUCACUAUGUUCUCGGGCGGGUUGGGAUGCACAACUUGAUGAUAAAUCUCCCGCCAGCUGAUACGUAUGGAACGGGCCAUGCACAAACAAUCUCCAUCAACAUGAGAAGCACUUUUCCAAGAAUACGAUGUGUGCUUCUUGUUGGAAUCGCAGGCGCAGCACCUUCCGAUAAGCAUGACAUCCGCCUCGGCGAUGUGGUACUCGGAACCAAGGUCUUUCCCUAUUCUCAUGGCAAAAAAACCGACCAUGGCUUUGAACAGACUGGCAUAACAAAGACUACCCCGAGGGAGCUCUUAGAGCUUAUCACAUUCAUGGAUGAGCGGAUUUGGUGGCAGAAAGUUAGUGCGGUCAGCAACCCAAAUGCGUUUUCUGGCAGCGAGGUAGAGAGGUUGAGGCACAACCGUGACAGCUUGAUGGAGCGGCAUGCAUUACUAGAAGAGCUUAUGGUAGCGAAGCUUCGCAAGAUGCAGAAUAUACACCCCGAUGAUAUGGAGGACGCGCGAAAGGAGUUGCAGGAUCUGAAGGACUUGCAAAAGACCUUGAAGGUACACCUGCAAGAUCUUGAUCGAAUCAUGAGGCAACACGACGAUUUGCUUUUGAGUCAGGAUCCGGUCGUUCGAGAAGAGUUCAGGAACCUCAAGUCUCAAGUACAGAAGGACGCAGAGGCAAUGGAGAAUUUAUCAGAGGUCGCUCAGAAAAGUCUCCAGACUACGCGCAGGCUACUGAUACAGCUGGGGACGGACACGGGUAACCUACACUUGGGUAUCGCGGGCACUAUAAUGGGAGCUAUUGGUGAGUUGAUCGGACAUGCUAAGAGACUCUGGAGACCAGGAAUGCCCUCAUCCAAUAUGUGGCGACGGGUGCAACGAAAAUUACAGCUCAUCUUCUCCCCUCCAAAUCCCUACCAUCCAAUCGAGAUGGUCGAGAGAGAACCUUUAUAUCCCGCGUAA